CACAUCAUGGCGGCUAUGAGAUCUCUGUCAGAUAUUCUGACAGAAUUCGCGACAUCCACAGAGACUGCUAUAAGUGGUUUGCCUGCUACAGAUGCACUACAAGCGACCGAAAAUGGCAUAACGCUCUUCGACACCAAGAACGAAAUCUUCCUCUCGUAUCUCCAAGCGCUCGCGCUACGGAAUCUGAACGUCAUACGCAGCAUAAAAGAUGGUGUUGAUGCUGAAGAAGCACGAAAGCUCAGCACCGAUAUCACCGAGAAACUCGUCGAGCAUAGGGUCUAUUUGGAAAGAGGCGUGAGACCGAUCGAACAGAAGCUCAAAUAUCAGGUGGACCGAAUUGUGAAGCUUGCGGAUGACGAGGAGAGAGCGUCGCAGCAGAGAGCGACACAGAAUGCAAAGGCGAACGGCCAUGCCAAGGAAGGCGAGACCGACGACGAUAGCCACUCAGACUCGGAUUCAGACAGCGAGGCAGACCUGGGAGCAGACAUGAUUGGCCAUGCGCCAAGACUCGCUACCAUGACGGCUGGACAGCAAAGAGAAGCGAAAUCUGCUGCUCGAGCAAAGAGCCAGGAGGACGGUGUCUACAGACCUCCUCGCAUUUCUGCCACGGCCAUGCCGACGACAGAUCGAAGAGAGAAGGCCGAGCGCAGACCGGCUAGAUCCGCUACGCUGGACGAGUAUGUGUCUACUGAGCUGUCGCAAGCACCUCUUGCACAGCCAAGUGUCGGUAGCAAUUUGGCUGCUGGUGGUCGACAGAGCAAGAACGCGAAGCAGAUGCGGGAAGAAGCUGAGCGGCGGGAAUAUGAAGAGACGAAUCUUGUCCGUCUGCCGGCUAUGUCUAAGAAGGAAAGAGCGAAGAAAGGUCUCGGUCGUCAGCGUGACGGUGGGUUUGGUGGCGAGGAGUGGAGAGGCUUGGGUGAUAGUCUGGACAGGAUUGGUGAUCUGACGAAGAGGAAGGGGAAGGAUAGUGCUCUGGAUAAGAGUCGGAAGAGAGGAGCAGUGGAAGAUGGGCCGAGAGGUGAUGGGAUGGGUGGUGCCUUUGACAUGAAGAAGAGAAGGCUGUCGAAGAAGGGUAGAAUAUAGGCCAACAAUUUUGGGAAACUUGUUCGCUAAAGGAAAGCCCUCGGAGAGACUUUGGAGCUGAAUGAAGGCCACAUUGAGGACAGGAGUGGCAUAGGCAGUAGCAAGGCUGAGAUAUAUAUAUAUAAUGCGUGAUUGAUGCCUGCG